CAACGCUCGGUGUUUUCAGCAUCAAACCUCUAAAACAACAGCAGCGCCAUCGCCAAAAUGGGAGGCCCUAGCCAACCCUUCCUGUACGAUUACGACCCCGUCAGGUACAGUGUUGACGAUCGUCUUCCACCAAAACUGUUCGACCCCAAGGCCGUUACAAGAGCAAGCUUCGACAAGCCCAAGCCCAAACCAAAGCCGGACGGCCCGCUUGUCUCAUUCAAUGUCCAUCCAGAUGCCUUCCCUCCUUCAGAGCGCACGAUCAAGAGUUUCCGGCCCAUGGGCCCUAGGUCCAAAAGAUGGAUCAUCAUUAUGAGGAAGGUUCAGUUGGCCUUUAGGCUGCUUCAGUUCAUUGGUGCGGCUGGCUUGCUGGUGAUUAUGAUCAUGUUGAACAACAUGAAAGAUGUGCCCGGCUUGAUCAUCAGGAUUGCGCUUGGUGUCGCCACACUUCACACAGGUUAUGGCGUUUACCACCUGCGGCGACCUGCCGGUGCGCGGGCGCCAAUGUCUACAGCUGCGUACCAUUUUGGUGUCAUUAUUGUCGACAUUGCCGCUUGUCUAGUUUACGCAUAUGGCGUGUAUACGAUCCGCAAGGAUGGCGCUACGUGGGGUACACUUCUUUCCGAUAAGUCGGUGCUUCAGUACUUCAUCCCGGCCGUCCAGUACGGACUGAUCGGCGCCGGCGCACUCCAUGUGGUUUCCAUCGGUAUCUCAAUCUUCCUCGCCAUCCAGUUCUGGCGCAUCUGCAAGAUGCCGCCGGAUAUGAACCCCUUGGAAGAUCAUCUCACCUCGCGCGCACACAAGAGGAACAAGUCCUCGGUCGUUUCCAUUUCGACGUAUCUCGACGACGCCAAGCAGCCCGGCACAGUCGCUGGUAGUCACCGUGACUCCAGCAUUCACAACGGUGACGAGCUCGUCCGCCCACGCGCAAUACCCUUCACGCAUACCAGGCAGAGCUCUGAUUUUUCUGAGCGGUCUUCUGGCAAGCGCGAGUCUCGGGUCACGGUAGACCUCCCACAACGCCAAUACCAAAUUACACCCGGCAACUCACCACGCAGUUCUAUGCCUCCUCGGUCCUCCUAUCACGGCUCCUAUUCCGACCAGGUCCCAUUCGCCAGCCGGGGUGCUGUUAACCCCCGCGACAGCUUCGCUUCCAGUCGACCUAACACCUCGUACAACAAGGGCGAGCAGUUAACCGCCUCCCCUACCUCCAUGUCCCCAACCAAACCACUCCAACAAUCACAAAAGCCACGCGGCGGCAAGUUCCAAGAAACUUGGUAUACCACCGAGUCCCUCUUCAACCGCACCCACGAGCGCAACCGCACCAUGAAGGAGGCCCAAAAGAACGGCGGCGGCGGCGCCAACAACAAUAACAAGCGCGGCAACCGCGCCUAUGAAGCCCUAACCAGUUACUACGACACUCACGACUCCGACGACGAUCAUCAGCAUUUGCAACUGCAACAGAGCCCCUACUCUCCUCCUCGUUCCGGGGCAGCCCGCGACAACCACAAAUUGGGCUACCGAAACAGCCAUGACGACGACGACAUUGAUCUCGCAGACCUGCACCCCAACCCCUUGCGCUCCAACCCUUCUUCGCCGACUCUGAUUAUCGACUCGGGGCUGGGGCCAGAAAGGUCGAUCACGCCCUUCAGCCGCUUGCGCGAGUCGAUUCUUCGCCCGUUGAAUUUGAACCCGUUGAAUAUCAAGAAAGUCCGCCAACCUCCGAAAACCCAACAUCUCCAACCAGACAGCCAGGAACCAAUGCGGAACCGCGAUUCCUCCAUUCAACCCGAGGCUUUGUUUUCUACUGCUGCCGUGUCCGGCGGCAGCGGAGGAGGAGGAGGAGGAGGAGGAGGAGGAGGAGCAAAGCCCUACGAUUCUAGUACCUCUGACAUACCUUCGACUUUGCUCGCAGGCCACCCUGCUAAUUACCGGGUGGUUUCGUCUGGCCAUGACUACGAUUUCAGUUAUAGCGGAGCAGGAGCAGGUAGGCAAAGACAUGUCAGUGGGAAGGUGGCUGAGGAGGGCAUGGCUGGUGGGUUUGGCUUUUCGGAGGAUAUAACGGAGGGAGGGAGGCAGGAUAAGAAGAGGCUGACAGUUACCAAUGCUUAGUGGGCAUGAUAGUAAGUUUGGAUGCCUACUUGGAUCCAAGAAGGGUGAUUUCUGUGGAUGAUGAACGAAUGAUUACGUUGUUGGAAUGAUGUCCUGAUGAAGAUGGAUUAUUCAAGCGGUUUUUCUGCGUAUAGCUAGCAGGUUCUGGAGUUCAAGGGAUGAUGGGUUUUCGUUUUAAAGGCAUGAUAUCACUGUUAUGAAAAG